UAAAUAUUAUUUGACUUUUAUGCACCAAACAAUAAAUAAUAUGUAAAAUUUUAUUACAUAAAAGCUAUCAAAACUCAAAGUUAUUAAUAAAUUAUUUGCAUGCACUUUACAGUCUACAUGUAAAUAGUCUUGUAUGGUUUGAAGUUUUACUGUAAGCGUUGAGUGUAAAACUGUAAACUUGUACUUUUGUUUUCUAUUAUUUUACCUAUUACAGGGAACUGGCUCACCGAGAUGUCGGUAGUAAGAACAUGUCCAGGAUUAUAUUGUGGCCGAACUGCACUGGGGGAUGGUUCUUGGAGUGAUUGUGGAGCUUGCCCUCGAGGAUAUCGCAAAAAUGCAUCAAGCUACUGUGUAGAGUGUACUGAUGAGGCCUCCUUAUAUGAUUGGCAAUAUCUUGGAUUUAUGGUUCUUUUGCCACUAGUUCUACACUGGUUUUUUAUAGACAUGGUCACAAUUGGAAAGACCAAUACUAAGGCAUUGCAUCAGCAUUUUUGUGCAUUAUUAGAAGUAGUAACAGGAACAGUGGGUGCAUUACUCAUGUUGGCUCCAACAGGAUCGUUGUCUCUUUAUGUGUGCACUCCUAAAGCAUUAUCAGAUUGGUAUACUCUUUUGCACAAUCCUCAACCAGACUAUAAAGAAACUUUGCAUUGUACUCAGGAGGCAGUAUACCCGCUAUACACAAUAAUUCUUUUAGUGUAUGCAUUUAGCCUUCUGCUAACAGUAGUAAUGAGGACAAUCUUGUUGGCAUGGCUAAAGAUAAGUGUAGGAAAUAAAGCAAUAUAUUGUGCUUUAUAUUUUUAUCCAAUUUUGGUGUUGACACAUACUGUUGCUGCAGGCUUAAUAUAUUGUGCAUUCCCGUACAUAGUGAUUAUAAUAUCAAUGAUGACUUCAGCAUCACAUUUUUCAAUCAAAUUAAACCAAUCUGCACCUGCCUUAUUUGUAUCUUCAGUGAAAAAUUUCAGAAACCUCAUUAUUUUGGUCGGGCACUGGCUUAUACAUGCCUAUGGGAUAAUUUCACUCACUGGUUUUAAAGAACUGUGGUAUUUAACUUUGGUGCCAGCCCCUGCUUUAUUUUAUAUACUCACAGCACAAUUCACCGACCCAAUGAAAAUACAUAAUGAUUGACUUGAGCGAGUCACUUUGGAGAAAAUGGUUCUGUUGUGAUCAUACCUAACCUCUUGGCCACAGCCAAGAGCGGCGCUGAUAGUGGCUUAGCGUAAGGCACGGCAAGCGGCGAUAAUACGUAUUAGACAACAUAAAUAUGUAAAUAUGCCACUUCCGAUACACGCGCAAGGAUACCCUCGUACUAGCGAGUAUUGAGACGGCCACAGCUCAGAGUGGCGUGCCCGGCGGAAUCGGUGGGCGGAUUCGGCACGAAAGAAACAAUUUUAUUAGUAUCGCGAGUUGAGCUUUAUAAAUAUUGAAUACGAAAUAAAUUAAUCGCUGACGCAGCCGCCGUCGCAACUAGUCGAGCAGUGGCAUAUUUACUCUCAAAACUUGAUGAUUAUUGGUCGAUUGAAAGUAACCUAUCUUAAGCCGUGAAUCUGAGUACAUUUAGAUUAGUUUUAUUAAGAUGCUAUAUGUUAUGUAGCAAGGAACACACCUGUGUCCUGUAAUAUUUCCGAUGGAGUGGCAAGAGAGAAGAUUUUUUUUUAUCAAUAUUUAUAAAUGCUGUUGUAUAGGUAUUUAGUUAAGAUAUUAAAGAGAUUAUUGAAAAUUUGUUAUAUAAUAUCUCAAAAUAAAGAUAGUGGCAAUCACAAA